CGCGUACCAUUGUAUGGCUAGAACAACUUGUGAAAGAGACGUUUUAAAAUUAUAUCGGAGUGUGCUAUAAAAAGAUUAAAUACUUCAUACAGAGAGAUAGAUGUGAAUCAGUGAAUAUGAUUGGAGAUGGAUAUUUCGAAGGACAUCAUUGCUAUAAACCAUCUUGGAAUGUAUUUAUCUACAAGCUGACUAAGCUGUGAUCCUUUCGUGUGAACAAUAUAACUUGGAACGUUGAUAAAUUCAUUAGAGUUUCGCCAUUUUUUUAUUUAUAUCAUCAUGUGUACAAAAGCAAAUCCCAAACGCCGAACAUGUUGGAUACGAACAUUUUGGACUCUUGUGGCACUAUCCACCAUCUUUGCCAAGUGCGAGGGGUUCUGUUUCGAGGGGAAACUAGUUCCAGAAAUGACGGUGUCAAAACGUGUCCGGUUUUUCUGCGAGGUGAAGACAUUGGAGGGGUCAGUGGUGAGGUUGCUUCCCGGCUCUCACAUCUAUAUGGCGGACCAGUGCAUGGACUGUGUGUGUGACUCCUCGGGCCUCCACUGUUGCGGGUUCGGGCGCAACUCCGGUCUUGCAAGCUAUCCUAGCCAUUGUGAAGCCAUUCACGACGGAUGCCACACCAUGAUAGUGAACAGGAAUGACCACACGAAAGAUUGCGCCAACCAAACUGUAGACUUUGCAAAGCUGGAAAAAGACCUGCCCCAUCCCGACAAUGUUUAUGGCAUUAAAGGUGGUAGACGCAGGGCUCCGUCAAAGAUUCCGGCCGUUCUGAUGGCUCAAGACUCGGGUGCAUCGCCGCCCGUGUCCCCAACACUUAACACAAUCCUCAAAAAACAUCUUCGUUCAAUUCUUCCAAAGACCUUUUUCAAAAUUAAGGAAGCUGCCGACAAUGUGUCGACACAAGGCAGAUCGCAGGCACAAAACAAGACCACCACCGAUAUACCGACUACUUCUCCUACUACUACUACUACAAAAUCAUCAACAACAAUACUGUCAACAACAACAACCACAACACCACCACCAACAACAACAUCUACAACAAAAGCACCAACUACAGCGCAAACAACAACAGCAUCUACUACAACAGAACCAUCCACUACAACAUCACCACCAACAACAACAUCUACUACAACAGCACCAACCACAACAAUAACAACAACAUCUACUACAAUAACACCAACCACAACACCCCCACCACCACCAACAACAACAACUACUUCUACUUCUACUACAACUAUACCGCCUUAUAUAGGGAAACAUCCACCGCCUGUCCAAGAAUUAAGUCCUACAAAAAUCAUCAGUGACAGAAGAAAUACACGUGGACACAUGCCGGCAAUUUUGAACAGGCUGCCCAUUUCGCGCCCUACAGUUCACAGGCAGAUACAACAACAACACCUUCAACCGCCGACUCCUCCACAACAUCUUACGCACGCAGAUCAAGCAGCCUAUGACAAUAUUAUGGAGCACAUUUUGUCGAGGAUGAGGGAAGACACGUCAUCACCUGUAGUCAUGACAACACCCUCAUCCAUUCACGUGCCAAGGUCGUUUUCUAUGCAAAACUUUUUACCACAAACUAAGAGACCGUCUGACUCAAUUAUGAUGGUUAGGAAGAUGUUUGCUGAUAUCCAUUCGGACAGUAGUAAUUCAGGGUCAAGCUUCUAUACUCCUACCACACAACCACCCAUGUUCUUUAAUGAUCCUUUAUGGGGUAGCGAUAAUUUUCUCCCUAUGCUGUUCUGGUAGUGUUAAAGAUGUUAUUUAUUUUUUUAUUGUACGUGUACAUGUAUUUAAUAUGUCUUGUUGCCAUGUUCAUACAGGUAUUCUUGCAAAGAGUCUGUUACCAUUCCAUUUUCAUUUUGUACAUUCUUAUCAAACUUCAUUCAAUUGUUGACAUAAUUGUUCUUAUUGUGAUGACACAACAAACUUAAGCAUAAAAGAGAAGCAUAUAUUAUGCAAUAAA